GGGACACACCUCUUGUGAAUGCAGGAAGAGGACUGAGAGUAACUUUAACAGAGAAAGAAAGAAGAUUACAGCGACCAGAGAUUUGGAUUGGAUUGGAUUUAACACUAGAGCAGUUUGGCUGUGUGUGUGUGUGAAGAGUAAAACUCUACAAUGGAGCUUUAUAACUCCAGCAGUGAAGGACAAACAUCCAGUCGAAACUGGAGGACUGAUAGGCAGCUCCAGGAGUCCACAUGUGGACUAGGUGACCACCUUCUGAAAGAUCCAGUCUCAAUCACAUGUGGACACAGUUUCUGCAGGCAGUGUAUCAGCAGUUUCUGGGACCAUUCUGCUUUAUCGGAGACCUUCAUCUGUCCUCAGUGUAGGAAGCGAUCUAGAACACAUCCAGUUCUCCAUCCACACAAAGCAUCCAUAGAAAAGAAUUCAUAUCAACCAGCAGAUAAUGUUCUAUACAGAGUCUUACAGGCACACAAAACCAGCAUGAAGAAUAAGUAUGAGAUCUUCUUUGAGGGAAUCAAAACAGAAGAGAAUAAAACUCUCCUGAACAGGAUUUACACAAAGCUCUACAUCAUAGAGGGAGAGAGUGAAGGAGUGAAUGAAGAACAUGAGGUUCUACAGAUGGAGAAAACACCCAGGAGACACUUACAAGACUCUCCAAUCAACUGCUUAGACAUCUUUAAACGUCUACAAGGUCCUGAAGGCAAAAUAGAGGAAGAGAACAUUGGGGUGGGUGAUGGGGUGACUAACACUCUCAGACACAAAGAAAGUAAUGAUGAAGGACGAAAAGUGCAGACGCUCAGAGCUGUUCUGACUAAAGGCAUCGCUGGAAUUGGAAAAACUGUCUCUAUGCAGAAGUUCAUUCUGGACUGGGCUGAAGGAAAAGCCAAUCAGGAGGUAGAGUUCAUGUUUGUGCUUCCGUUCCGGGAGCUGAACCUGAUUAAAGAUGAUCAAUACAGUCUUCUUGGACUUCUGUGUGACUUCCAUCCUGAGCUCAAAGAUCUGGACCCAGAGAUUUAUGAUCAGAUCAAAGCUGUGUUUAUAUUUGAUGGUCUGGAUGAAAGCAGAAUUCCACUGAACUUUGAACAGUGUGAGAAAGUAUCUGACAUCACCAUGACAUCAUCAGUGGGUGUGUUGAUGACAAACCUCAUCAAAGGAGAGCUGCUUCCCUCUGCUCUAAUCUGGAUAACCUCCCGACCAGCAGCAGCCAAUCAGAUCCCUCCUAAAUACAUGAACCGUGUGACAGAAAUUCAGGGAUUCAGUGACCCACAGAAGGAGGAGUACUUCAGGAAGAGGAUCAGUGAUGAAGAACAAGCCCAGAGAAUCAUCUCCCACAUUAAGACAGCGAGGAGCCUCCACAUCAUGUGCCACAUUCCAGUCUUCUGCUGGAUCUCAGCCACUGUUCUUCAGAGGUUCAUGAAACAGCGUAAUACAGAAAUCCCUAAAACUCUGACUGAAAUGUACUCACACUUCCUGAUCACUCAGACCAACAUGAAGAAUGAGAAGUAUGAGGAGAAAGAUGAGAGAGACCCAAAGAACCUGCUGGAGUCCAACAGAACCAUAAUACUGAAACUGGCUGAACUGGCUUUCAAACAGCUGAUGAAGGGUAAUGUGAUGUUCUAUGAAGAGGACCUGAGAGAGAGCAGCAUUGAUGUCACUGAGGCCUCAGUGUAUUCUGGGAUUUUCACUGAGAUCUUUAGGGAGGAAUGUGUGCUUUACCAGAGGAAGGUCUACUGCUUUGUUCAUCUGAGCUUUCAGGAGUUCCUGGCUGCUGUUUACGUGUUUCACUGCUAUGAGAGCAAGAAGAUGACAGUACUGCAGAUGUUAAACCCAUUGGACAGUGAGAGAUUUGAGAAUGAUCCACUGGAGUUUUUAAACUCAUGGUACAGAGAGAGGUCUGAGGAUAUUUCACUGAAUGAGGUGCUGAAGGGAGCAGUGGAUAAAGCAGUAAAGAGUCAGAAUGGACACCUGGAUCUUUUCCUCCGUUUCCUGCUGGGCAUUUCACUGGAGUCCAAUCAGAGACUCCUACAGGGUCUACUGACACCAAGACAGCGCAGCUCAGAGACAACCAGAGAGCACAUCCAGGGGCUAAUCAAAGGAAAUAAAAAAAAUCCCAUCUCCACUGAGAGAUCCAUCAAUCUGUUCCUCUGUCUGUCUGAAAUGAAUGACCAGUCUCUCUCCAGAGAGCUUCAGGAGUAUCUAAACUCAGAGAGACACUCAGGGGUGAAUCUCUCUCCUGGACAGUGUUCAGCUCUAGCCUAUAUGAUCCUGAGCUCAGAGGAGGUUCUGGAUGAGCUGGACCUGAAGAAAUACAACAUAUCAGAGGAGGGUUAUAGGAGACUGAUCCCAGCUGUGACUGCCUGCAGGAAAGCUCGACUAGAUGGCUGUUAUGUCACUAAGAACUCCUGUGAAGUGCUCUGCUUUGCUUUACAAUCAGCCAACUGCCCCCUGAAACAGCUGAAUGUCAGCAACAAUAACCUACAGGAUUCAGGAGUGGAGUUGCUCUCUGCUGGUCUCAAUAAUUUGCAUUGUACAUUGGAGAUACUCAGACUAGCUGGCUGUCAUCUCACAACAAUUUCAUGUAGGAAACUAGCAUCAGCUCUACAAUCAGCAAAUUCCACCCUGAAAGAGCUGGACCUCAGUAACAAUGAUCUGCAAGAUUCUGGAGUGGAGCUACUCUCUGAUGGGCUAAAGAGUUCACACUGUAAACUGGAGACACUCAGAUUAGCGAUCUGUAAUCUCGGAGAAAAAGCUUGUGAAAAUCUGGGAUCUGCCCUACAAUCAGCAAACUCCUCCCUGAAAGAGCUGGAGCUCAGUAACAAUGACAUACAGGAUUCAGGAGUGAAGCUGCUGUCUGAUGGACUGAAGAGUUUACACUGUAAACUGCAAAAACUCAGAUUGUCUGGUUGCAUGGUUACAGAUGAAGGCUGUUCUUCUCUGGCUUCAGCUCUGAAAUCAAACCCCUCCCAUCUGAGGGAACUGGAUCUGAACUAUAAUCACCCAGGAGAGUCUGGGGUGAAAUUGCUGUCUGAUCUACUGGAAGAUCCACACUGUAGACUGGAGACAUUACAAGUGGAACAUGGAGGGAAGAGCAGGAUGAAACCAGGGCUGAAAAAAUAUGCCCGUGAUCUCACUCUGGACCCAAACACGGCAGCCACAUGUCUCAUUCUGUGUGAAGAGACCAGAGAGGUGUACUUUGAGGAAAUUGAGCAGCAGCCAUAUCCAGAUCAUCCAGACAGAUUUGUUUCCUGUGCUCAGGUUCUGUGUAAGGAGAGUCUGACUGGACGCUGUUACUGGGAGGCUGAGUUAAGUGAGGAGAUGGAUGGCGAAGUAGCUGUGACAUACAGAGGAAUAGAAAGAAAAGGAAACAGUGAUGACUGUGGGUUCGGAAACAAUAAUCAGUCUUGGAGUCUGAUCGGCUUUAGUAACGGAUGCACUGUCAGUCACAAUAAUCAGAGUAUUACCAUACCUGUCCGUCCCUUUUACUACAUCUCCAGCAGAAUAGGAAGGUGUGUAAAUGUGUUUGGGCUCCCAAUCCCAAUGAAGUCCAUCAGAGUAGGAGUGUAUCUGGACUGGGCGGCUGGCACCCUGUCCUUCUACAGCGUCUCAUAUAACCCACACCGACUGACCCACAUACACACAUUCCACUCCACAUUCAGUGAGCCGCUCUAUGCAGGGUUUAAGGUUGGUUUUGAUACCUCACUGUGGGUGGGUGUGACAGAAUAGCCACUUAACAGGGUUUGGGCUUUGGGCUAAUGACUCAUUCAUGACACCCAUGGAAAUUCACAAGCGUACUUGAGUAAAAUGGACCACAUACACUACAGAAACACCAGAUUUGUUUAUUAGAGUAUGUAUGUUAAUGAAUGCCAACUGCUCUUCACAAUUAACAUGUUAUUGGCAUAAUCCACGUCCAUAAAAUCACAAACAACUACCAUAUAAAGAAGCCAUCAGACUGGGGUGAUAUUUCCUUCAUACACUUGUAGCGUGCUUUGCUGUUUUUAAUUCAUAAACUGAUCAGAACUUUUUGAGGAAAGUGAGAUCUGCAUCUGCAUGCGGCAGGAUGUUUAGAAGGACAAAUAGUAAAAUUAUACUGCUAAAGACAUGUCUCACAACCCCCAUUUGCCCCCCCCCCCCACUUUGGCAACCUGGUGCAGAAGUGGGGAGGGGGGGUGGCUCACCUCAGAACAGACCUACUUUGACCCAGAGGUCUGAAGACUUUCUUUUUCUUUUGCCUAACAGUUUAAGGGCAACGUAGUGGAACGUCAUGCCACCCCUUUAUAAACGUCCUGAAGAGACCUUUGGACAUGACUGAAGUAAAUUUUGGAAUACUGAUAAAUUGUGACUUUUGAAAAUUUCUUUCCCUCUCUCUCUCACACCCAUACAGCUCACCUUCCCCCACAAAGAGAGACAUCUAACCUAAAACAAAGGCCAAAGAUGGCCCACCAAUUAACUCUGGGUGAGGGGACUGUUGAGACCUCACGAAUCCCUGAGCAGACCCCUCGGUGUGGCCAGAUACUCUUAAGUGUAUUCCAUCAGUAUCAUAAAUUUGGGGUCUGUGCAGAGGCUAGGCUCCUGAGAGCCCUGCUUUCUGGCAAAUUAUUCACAAUGUGAUCUUUAAUCAAGUAUCAAUCAAAUGCCUUUCCUUUAUCAAACUGCAAAGAACACCUCUGUUACUGUUAACAUGUUGCCUUGUCAGGCAUGAAUUGAUUAAUCCCUGCUGAAGGGAAUUAAUACCAAACUUUCUACACUAUAUUCUUUUAUAUUCUAGUAGUUAUUUUGAUUCUUGAAUUGUAACCCUUCUUCACUGAUCUAGGUUAUUAUAUUGAUCUUUGAUCAUUCACAACUAUGUUCAUUUCACCCAUUAUACAAUUUUUCUUUUUCUUUUGUUUGAGAAACAACUCAUGUUUUGUGACCACCGUUAAUCUUAUAUAUCUGCUUUUCUUGCAAGUCUUCUUGUAGUGUUAUUAGAAGUACGAUUCUAAAGUGUGUAGCUUGUGUGACUAUGUACACUUUAAUCAUAGAGUUUCUGCCAACAUAUCUACAGAAUUAUUGAUGAUUAUGAACUCACUUAUUUUACUCUGAGUUAUUAUGUAACCGUUCAUGUAAGCAUUGUUUAGAAAUAGUAAUGUGACAUAUAACCUCGAAACUGUCUUAACAAUUUAAUUCUUUUGUCUAAGUAGUUCCUACUUCUUAUAUGACUAGAAUGGUUAAGGAUUCAACUUAUUGUAUGUAACCAUAUCCUGGUAUACAUUAAGGGAUAAUGAUCUAUAAGCUCCAUAGUCAUUUGUAAUAGCCACUAUGGAAACAAUAAUGUUUUAUAUGUAAAAUUGCAUGCUUCUAAGUUUCUUUUACUUAAGUGUAACCACACCCAGAAUCUCCAAAGGAUUAUGUGACACUUGAGCAGCAUUCAAAGAAAUUGCAUAUUCAUUAUAUGUAACCUAACAAACCAACCAAAACCUUUUGCCCGCCUUAGCUCUGCCUUAGCUCUGCCCCUCAAAGUUCUUUCUUUAAAGCCAGCAAGAAAGAGAAACAGGGGGGAGAAUGAGAAGAACAAACAGAAAGACAGGGAAAGUUGGCCCUGAAGGGAGCGAGAUAUCCACAUCAAGAGCCUGCUCCAAUCACUGCCUGCCUCCAUCGACAAGCAGAAGAUCUGCGCUCCUCACCGGAGAGGCCACCAAGCAUUGCAAGAAGCCUGCCUUGCCAGUGGGGUCCAGUCAAAAGCAUUGACCGAGGGCUUGCAUUUCUAGAGGCCUUGCCUUUGACUUGCAGACCCUUCCUAGCCUGUGUGACCAGCGGCUCCUCUUCCUCGACAUGGCACGCGCAUCAACACAGCUCUGAGGCGUCCAGCAGCUUUGACCUUUGACCUGCGGACCCUGCUCCAGCCCAUGCCAGCAGUGACCUCUCUUCCCCUCAACGCGACACGUGCAUCACCGCAGCUCUGAGGCAUCCAGGUCGUAGAUUCACUCGCACUGCCCUUUUGUGGUCUCAGUCUCACUGUGAUUUUGCUUUUCUUUAUUGACACUUAGGCAAGCUUUACACUAGUGUUAGGGUUGUUGUGCUUGCUGCACAAAAGCCACAUAAUUUGGAAAAUCAGCUAAUCUUAGUAGUUUUGAAUCUCUGGUUUCUUUCCAUAACUAGUAAUCCAAUAUUUAGUGCCUAUAUACCUUUGUAAUUGAUUGCUUUGUGUUUAUAUACCUCUAUCAAUAAAUAACCCUUUAUUACAGUCAUCUCUGUCAUGGUGUGCAUAUGAAAAACUUCAAUCCGGCUUUGUUCCCUGGACCAUGGUCAAGCCCUCACUUGAAUU